GGCGGAAGUUGAAGGGACUGACGCAGAUGGGGGAAGUUUGCCUCGACGGCACUUUCCUGUCUGCGACUCCUCCCCCGCCAGAGGGGCUAGGCUCUGGCAUUCAAGAUGGAGUCGCUGAGUCGGGCUGGGCAGGAGAUGAGCCUGGCGGCCCUGAAGCAACACGACCCCUACAUCACCAGCAUCGCAGACCUCACGGGCCAGGUCGCUCUGUACACCUUCUGCCCCAAGGCCAACCAGUGGGAGAAGACUGAUAUAGAAGGGACCUUAUUUGUAUAUCGAAGGUCAGCUUCCCCUUAUCAUGGUUUUACCAUUGUGAAUCGACUAAAUAUGCACAAUCUAGUUGAACCAGUGAAUAAAGAUUUGGAAUUUCAGCUCCAUGAACCAUUUCUUCUGUACAGAAAUGCAAGCUUGUCGAUAUACAGUAUCUGGUUUUAUGACAAGAAUGACUGUCACCGCAUAGCAAAACUCAUGGCUAAUGUGGUAGAAGAGGAGACACGGCGAUCACAGCAAGCUGCUCGGGAUAAACAGAGUCCCAGCCAGGCCAAUGGCUGCAGCGACCACAGGCCCAUCGACAUCCUGGAGAUGCUGAGCAGAGCCAAGGAUGAGUAUGAGAGGAAUCAGAUGGGUGACUCAAAUAUCUCCAGCCCUGGGUUACAGCCAAGCACUCAUCUCUCCAAUCUGGGAAGCACCGAGACUCUAGAAGAGACACCCUCGGGGCCACAAGAUAAGUCUGCUCCAUCUGGACACAAGCAUCUGACAGUAGAAGAGUUAUUUGGAACCUCUUUGCCAAAGGAACAGCCAGCAGUUUUGGGUCUGGAUUCAGAAGAAGUGGAGAGGUUGCCAGGAGAUGCCUCCCAGAAAGAGCCCAGUUCAUUUCUACCAUUUCCCUUUGAGCAGUCAGGAGGAACCCCUCAAUCAGAAACCCUGGGUGUCCCUUCUGCCCACCUCUCAGUCCAGCCUGAAAUCACCACCCCGGUGCUAAUCACUCCAGCCUCCAUCACACAGUCCAAUGAAAAGCAUGCCCCAAGCUACACAAUCCCGUUGAGCCCCGUUCUCAGUCCCACUCUGCCAGCUGAAGCUCCUACUACACAGGUUCCCCCUAGCUUACCUCGAAACAGCACCAUGAUGCAGGCAGUGAAGACCACGCCUAGACAGAGGUCUCCACUCCUGAACCAGCCAGUCCCUGAGCUAAGCCAUGCCAGUCUGAUUGCCAACCAGAGCCCCUUCAGGGCCCCCUUGAACGUGACAAACACAGCUGGCACAUCCCUCCCAAGCGUUGAUCUUCUCCAGAAACUCAGGUUGACCCCACAGCAUGACCAAAUACAGACACAACCACUUGGGAAAGGUGCAGUGGUAGCCAGCUUUGCUCCAGUAGCUGGUCAGCUGGCCACACCUGAGAGCUUCAUAGAGCCUCCCUCUAAGGCAGCAGCAGCAAGAGCAGCGGCCCCAGCCUCUCUGAGCAACAUGGUGCUUGCUCCCCUUCAGUCUAUGCAGCAGAACCAGGAUCCUGAAGUAUUUGUCCAGCCUAAGGUGUUAUCCAGUGCCAUCCCGGUUUUAGGUGCCCCACUGGUCACUGCAACGACCACUGCAGUGUCUUCAGUCCUGCUAGCCCCGAGUGUUUUCCAGCAGACAGUUGCAAGGUCUUCAGACCUGGAAAGGAAAGCAAGCUCCCCUUCUCCUCUAACUGUUGGAACGCCAGAAAAUCAGAGAAAGCCUUCCAUUAUUCUCAGCAAGUCUCAGCUCCAGGAUACAUUAAUACAUCUAAUAAAGAAUGAUUCCAGCUUCCUCAGUACACUUCAUGAAGUCUAUUUGCAGGUGCUGACCAAGAACAAAGACAACCACAACCUAUGACUGGAGCAGAAUGAGUCUAAAAGCAGAGCGCCAACCUCAGAGACAAAUAGGCUUCAUCAUGGAAACUUCUGAGCAGAACAUUGAGUUUGAGAAUCCUGAAAUUGAGCCUAUGAGAAAGAGACUCAUUUCUUAAGAAUGUUUUCCAAGUGACAUUCUCAGUGAUAAUGGAGGUUUCACUGUGAAGCAUCACCAGCAGACCUUUGUUUUGACAAAAAAAAAAAAAAAAUCAUUAUGUUCAGUUAUGUGGGUGUUUUCAUCAGUUAGGAGCAAGGCUGUGGAAUAAGGAGUCUGAUUCUCGCUUUUACUUUCAAGGACUUACAGAGGAGUAGUCACCAGCCUCACAGCAGAAGUUCAGCCCGGCCAGCACCCCUUCCCCCAACCUACCCCAUAGAAACGGGCUUACAGUCAAGUUCUGAACAGAGUAGAAGGCAGCUCUGCAAAGUAGCUUCACGAUUUUAGGACCAGAAUUUAAGUUGGCAAAUUAGGAAUUAUUUGCCCAAGUGAAGUGUAUUUUAUAUGAACGCCCCAUUUGGGCCUUAAAAGUUGUGAAAUUUCUUAAUAGCAUUUUGUUUUUAAGUGCCCCAGUCCUGCCACGCAGCAGGCUCCCAGUGCAGCAUUACCAUUUGAAUAGGGCACUGUCAGGCUCUGGUGGUGUGGACGCAGGCAUGUCACACCUCUGAAGGAAAGGCUGGGGCUGGGAGUGCCCACAUCCUAUCAAAUCUUCAUUUUAAGUUAAGCUCUCCAGUGGUUGUGAAAACGUUAAGUUUGUGUAUGAAACACAACCUUAUUUUCCUUUUCUGUCACUGUUGGUUGUUUUCUUUAACACUUUGACAAAAGGACCAGUGGACCAAUCUGACGACGCCAUUCUGGUUCCUUUCCUUGAGUGUACUGAGAAUAGUUUUAAAGCUAUGCAGAAAAGGGAGCUGUUAUUCACACUGCCCUUAUUUUGUUGUAGAAUUAUGGAGUUAAAAGAAAAUGUGAUUCCGAACUCUACCAGUAUAUUCCUAGGCUGUGAGUACUUUCCCAGCCCAAAGUGUGAAAAUAUGUAAAGAUGCUUUGUUAUGCUGCUAUUGAUCUGCCAUGAUUUCUAUUUAUUCUUUUAUGGCAUGUAAUGGUGUUUAGUAAGAUUUUAAUGUAGAUUUUGAUUUAUUUCAGCAAUAGUAAUUUUAAGAUA